AUGUGGAAUUCUUACCUUGAAAUUCUGCUGACAGCAUACAAGCCUCAUGCUACAUACACUUAUGUACCUAACAAGGCUUGGUUUAAGGUGAUUUGUGAGGAGAAAGACUGUAUCCCAAUUCAGGAGAAGUUCUGUGACAUCCAGAAAUCCAUUGAGCAGAAUGCCUUGACGUUCGAACUUGGUGACGAGGUCGAGGACUUCCUGGAUUCUGAGAUGAUGCAGCCUCACGCCGCCCACUUGUACCGCGAGCGUGCUCUAAUCCAGACUGAUGAGCGCCCCUUGCAAGAGCCUCGGCGCAGUCUUCACCCGACAAGCACCAGACAUAUUCGAGCUUGGGAGAAGCUGAAAGGCGGAGACCAAUCUCUGACUCUUGAGAAGAUGCUCUCACGAGCGAAACUCCUAAGCAUCCAAGCCGACACCGGUACGACCUUGGAAUGGGAUCGCCGCGCACGUGUGGUCCAUAUCAGCGCUGAGUCGGAAGCUGCUAUCGAUAUGGUGCAGGGAAGGCUGCACACCAUAUUUGAAGACUAUCAUCUCCUCCUCUCCGAGACAAACAAGCAUUUCGAUGUCGAUAUUCGUCUCAUGGGAGAGAUCAACCCGGAGCUUCCCCGGUCCACAAUUCUGGACUCCUCAAGCAUGUCACUCCCAGAGCAAUAUCGCCGGUUCUACAGGGGCUCCGCCAGCCUUCGGAUUUGUAUCACAGAGGAAGCCAAGUACUUCAAGAGAUCGAUGUUUGGGCCUAGGCCCGCUGGUGUUUUUGACAAGAGACAGAAACGAUGGUGGUUCACCCCCUUUUCUAACCAUGUCUACCCAUCUAGAGCACCAGAUCCCAGCUUAGUGGACAGGCUAGUUGUAGAAGUGCCAAGCGUCCCAGAGAGCCUUGACAAGAAUGUCCAAGAAUGGAUCGACCGCGUACCGGAGAAUCAGUCUCUCAUAGUGAUAGAUCAGUCGCAAAUUGCCCCGUCUCCCGCUACCACAGAAACACCAAGUGCCAGUAUGGCAAGACCUUGGAACGCCGAAGACCUUGUGAGGAAGCUCAACGACAUGAAGGAGAAGGAUACGUUAUUCACAAAGAUUCUCUCUACUUGCGGCAACGAUGCCGAGUUCUUGGCCGCUGCGAAAGGCACAGGUCGGAGACCAGUUUGGGCGCCUCUUCGGUUGUCCGUGCUGUACCAAUUCAAGUGCACACAUCUCCAGACAGGGGAGGAUUUUAUCGUCGAGGUUGACGGCAAUGAGUUCAAAUGGAAGAUUCGGCCAGUCAACGACGAGCUCCCUCCUGUUUAUGUCCACUGUCUGCAGCGUCAAUGGGAUUUUCGAUUCGUACUUCAGCACAACCCGAUGGACGAGGUGCUGUCUCGACCGGACACUCGAGAGAGGGCAGUUGUUCUGUGGAACGAAGGACACGGAUCCAUCGCCACCGUCCACCAUGUCCGCGUACAUCACUCUGCCCGCUACCAGACCCAAGACAAGACGACGUUCCUCGACGUCGUCCAAGUCCAGAACACCUUCGUGGAGGAGCGAAUAGAGCACGGGGUGCGCCAGUUCAAGGCGACCUUCAAACCUCACACCAAGAUCCCCAACGGCCAAGUCCCCGUGUGGUACGAGGCGUCCCUCUCGUCAGCCAAGGCCGAGGCGCUCUUCCUGCAGAACGAGAAGCUGCAGCACGGCCAGAAGACGGCCUGGACGCAGUCGACCUUCAAGCAGGAGAAGAUCCUCCAGACCCUGACGACGCGGGCGGUGGAGAUGAUCAAGCGGAUCGACGGCGUGGGCGUCUACUGCGACAAUGGCUUUGGUGAGGUAUCCGGCGCUGGCACCGGCACCGGUACCGGCAGCGGCAGUGGCUCGAGCAGCCGCGUCAGCACCGCGCUGUCCGUCCCGUUGUCGCGUCAGACCUGGACCGACGAGGCACAUUAUUACUGA